AUGGCCGUCUGGUCUGGUUACUCCUUGGAUGGGGAGAGCAUCCCAGAUGGCGAACUGGAGCCGUACGUCCAGCAGGCGAUCGAUCAGAUAAACUUCGUGAUCGGUGACGCUGCUACGAACCCACAAGCUGCGAUCCGUGCUGCUAUGGGCCACCCGGAGCCGUUUGAGUUGAACUAUGUCGAGGUUGGAAACGAGGACUUUUUUGCUUCGUCCACGUAUACAUACAGGUGGCCUACGUUCGUCGAUGCUCUCAAGGCCGAGUUCCCACAAUUGAAUUAUAUCGCGACGACAUAUCCGUUCAAUCCGGUUAUUUACCCAACCCCGCUGCAGUACGACGUCCACGUGUAUCAGACUCCAGAAUGGUUCGUCGAGAACGCGUUUUACUACGAUAGCUUUGAGCGAAACGGAACUCGCUAUUUUGAGGGUGAAUACGCUGCAACGUCGACGAACGAAAGCGACCUGUAUGGCUCAUCUGAGUACGGGCGACUGCUCUACCCGACUAUGCAGAGCUCGACCGCCGAGGCAGCAUUUAUGACUGGCCUGGAGAGGAACAGUGAUAUCGUUUUUGCGGCAUCGUAUGCGCCCUUAUUGCAGCUGGUGAACAGUUCGCAGUGGACACCCGAUCUAGUCAAUUUCGAUGCAGGGACUGUAUACCCAUCGACGAGCUACUAUGUUCAGAAGCUUUUCAGCACGAACCUCGGCGACGAGUAUCUGCCAAGCACACUGCCGACAUAUAACGGUACGGUCUACUGGACCGUCUCGCGCGCCUCGUCGACUGGAGACAUAUACAUCAAGAUCGCGAACACCGUAGGCACCGAUGCAGCGCUGACAUUUGAGCUCCCCUUUGCCACGGUCGCGAGCGAAGGGACGCUGCAGGUGCUGCAGGGCUCCGAGACGACCAGCAACACACCGGAGACGCCGUAUGCUGCAGUGCCUGUGGAUAGCACGAUCGCGACGGGCGAGACGUUUGACUACACAGCGCCAGGGUAUAGCGUCAGUGUCAUCACCGUGCGGGCUUCUUGA